UGCGGGAGGAGGGGAAGGGGGAGCGGAGGGCGCCGGGGCUCGGGGCGGGGGGGGAGUGGGACGGAGGCACCGGCAGGGAUCGGCCUGGCCCCCCCCCGCCCCGCUCCUCCGGCUUGUGGAGAUGGAGUCCAACCCCCCCCUCCCUCCCCCAGACCCCAAAAACCGGAGGGUGACCCCUUCCCCACCCCCCCCGGCCCCUCCCGGAGCUUCCCCUGUGCCCAGAGCAUCAUCCUGCGCGGGGCGCGCGGCGGUCGUUACCGGGGCGGUGGGUCAUUACGGGGCGGUGGGUCAUUAGCGGGGCGGUGGGUCAUUAGCGGGGCAGCUGCUCAUUAGCGGGGCAGCUGCUCAUUAGCGGGGCGGUUGUGGGCUCGCAGGCGUCCCGGCCGCCGGGGCCGGACACCCCCGUGUCCAUGCGGAGCUGAGCCGGGGCCGGGCCAUGAGCAACGCCACGGCCCCCACGGUCCCGGGCACGGCGGGAGACUCGCUGGUGGGCUACGUGCUGGGACCCUUCCUCCUCCUCACCCUCCUCGGUGCCCUCCUGGCCGCGGUGAUGUACAUCCAGAAGAAGCGCAGGUCCGAGCGCCUGCGGCACCGGCUGCUGCCCAUGUACAGCUACGACCCGGCCGAGGAGCUGCAGGAGUCGGAGCAGGAGCUGCUGGUGGAGGCAGAGGACGCCCGGCUCCACGUUCCCGGCGGCUGCUGCUGCUGCUGCUCGCAAAUGCGGAUCUGAAAGAGAGGAGAAGAGGCUGCGACUCGCACACGC